CAGGAUGCGGAUCUUUUGUUGGCGACCUUGCAGGAGCAGAUAGAUGUGUUGGAAGGCCUCACUCAUGCGAAGAGGCGGGGAGUCUUCUGGAAUUGGGUGCAGAGAGCGGAGGAAGAAGGCAUCGUCCGCUACGAUGACGGCGCUGGAACGCUCACUCGUGUCACGGCGGACCGGCCGGGCUGCACAGUCAGGCCCAUCCAUCUCCCGGAGGUUUCGGAGAUCCCCACCCGCCCACCCGAUCGCACGGCAUCGAUCCCGGGCGCGUCUGCUGAGUGUGCGGGGGGUGCGGCCGCACGCGGAAGGGCUGCUGCACGCGAGAGGGGCACACGAGAGGUCGGCCGAGAAGCGGAAGCACACCAACAGCACCGGCCAGAGGUGAUGCACCCGCAGCAACAGCCUCGCCCACAGAUUCCCCGACUCGUAUCGGUUGACCCGAGAACCGCAGGGCAGCCAGGGCAGAGUGCACCGUCGGCUCAGCAAAACCAUCCACAU